AUGGAUUUAAUAGUUUUGGAGGGUGAUACAGCUGAAAGUGAGAUUGAAAGUGAGGAUCAUCUCAAGUCGUCUAAAGAAGUCGAUUAUAGUGAAUAUUUCUCAUCGGACAAAAUAUUUUGUAGUGAAAACGAAUUUAAAGAGUGGGCGAAGUCUACUGCUCAAGAACACGGUAUGUUCCUUAUUGUACAAACUAGUCGUAAGCACAAAGUAUAUCUAUCGUGCGAAUGUUACGGGAAACCACGAAUGAAGAAUAAUAUAGAUGUGGCGAGGCCAAAAUUCACUGGCACGAAAAAAUGUCGUUGUCCUUUCAUGUUGGUAGCUCAUGAAUUUACAGAGGGUAAAUGGCGAAUGACAAUAUUGAGUGGAAAACAUAAUCACCCGCCGGCAACAUAUCACCAUGGCCACGGAUUGGUGAGCAGAUUGAGCAAAGAUCAGUGUGCUACUAUUGCCUCAUUAACCAAAAGUCACGUAAAGCCGAAGAAAAUAUUAGACCAUCUACGACGUGAGUAUCCGGGCAUUAAGACGACGUUAAGGCAUAUAUAUAAUGCGAGGAAGAAGAUUAAAGUUGCAGAUAUGGGUGGUAAAACAGUUGUACAGCAACUCAUGUGUUGUAUUCAAGAAAAUGAUUAUGCACAUUGGUAUCGAGCGGAUCCAACUACGAAACAUAUUACUGAUAUUAUGUUUGCACAUUCAGAGUCCAUCAGGCUUCUUAGACUAUUUCCAUAUGUAUUGCUAAUUGACUCUACAUAUAAGACAAAUAAGUACAAAAUGCCUUUAGUGGAAAUCAUUGGAGUGACUCCUGUGGGCAAGAAUUUCAAUGUUGCAAUAGCAUUUAUAAGAAACGAAUCAGAGGAACACUACAGUUGGGUAUUGCAGAAUUUGGCGAAUUUGUUUAACAAUGAUACAUCACCUCAUGCUAUUGUGACUGAUAGAGAAUUGGGCCUUAUGAAGGCUAUACAAUAUGUUUUCCCACAUUCUUACCAUCUGCUAUGUACUUUUCAUAUAAAUAAAAAUGUGUUGAUGCAUGCAACAAAGUUUAUGAGCAACAAUAAGAAAUUGGGCAUUGCAUUCAGCCAAGGAAAGUGGAAAAAAUUGGUCAAUUCUUUAUCGAUGCAGGAGUAUGACGAGAACCAUAAAGAGAUAUCUGAGGAAUACAAGGAUAAUGUUUCGCUAUUGACAUACCUUAAUGAGACUUGGCUCAUAUAUAAAGAGAGAUUCGUGCGUGCCUGGACCGAUCAAGUUAUGCACUUCGGCAACACAACAACUAACAGAGUGGAGGGUGCUCAUUGGUCAAUAAAACAAUUGCUGGGGUCAUCGACGGGUGGUUUUGACACUUUGUGGAAGCAAUUCCACUCUCAUAUAGAGUGCCAAAUUAAUGAGAUAUUAUCGGAAUUUUCCAAAUCGGCGAAGAUCAGAAAGCACGUUGUUUUAUACCCCUAUUUGGGAUAUUUGGCAAGUGUUGUCACUCAUUAUGCGCUGAGCAAGAUGACAAAUGAGCGUGAGCUUGCAAAUUCCAGUGGCGUGCGUGAGGAUCCAGAACGAUGUAGUUGUUAUUUGAGAAAAACUCAUGAUCUCCCAUGUGCACAUGAGAUCGUGCAGAAAGAGCGUGACGGUGACGUAUUUUAUAGGAAUCAUGUCCAUAUAUUUUGGAGAACAAUGCGUAUUGAUGAUGUGCCAUACAUUGAUUUUCAGCCCGAUCAUGAGGGAGAAGUUAAACGUAGACUUUCUAGUUUAUUUGAGGAGUUGCUAACACGCCCCAUUAUUGAGCAGCGUGCCAUUGCAGAUAGUAUAUAUACGCAGUUAUUUCCGAUGGAGAGUCAUUUGGAGGAGCCAUCAGCAGAACAACCUAGAGGUCGGCCAAAGAAUAAUUCUACUGCUAGGUAUUCGUCGGCAUGGGAGUUCAGAAUUGGUAAAGGAAAAUUGGUCGAUUUACCAAGUAAGGCUCGAGGUAGAGGUAGAGGUAGAGGUAGAGGUAGAGGUCGAGGUCGAGGUCGAGGUUGUAGUACGUCACCAUCCACAUUAUCAGGAGAAGGUCGUAGUACGUCACCAUCCACAUUACUAGGUCGAGGUCGAGGUCGAGGUCGAGGUCGAGGUCAUGAGUCGUGUCCUUUAAAGAAACAAAGGCCAGAUAUAUUUAAAUCUAUACCACCAUGUAUGAGGUCUGAGAUAGUUUCAUGGGUAGAUGUCAGAGGUGACGGUAAUUGUGGAUUUAGAUGUGUAGCUCAAGCUGUCAUGAACGAUCAAGAGCGUUGGAUGGAUGUCAGGAGAGACUUGCACGAUGAGCUUUCCAAUAGAUUUGAUAUAUACAAAGAAAUAUUUGGGGAGGAGUACACAAAAAGUAUAAUGGAGUCAUGUUGCCACUUUUCAAACACUCCAGCACCACCUGAGCGGUGGAUGUCAUUAUUCGCCUUGGGAUUAGUGAUAGCUACACGUUAUAAUGCGAUGGUGUUGGAGCUGCAGUACACUUUAUUUUGUUACAUACAACCGUUCAAUUUCCCCUUCCAUGUUACGCUGCACUUGGGAAUCGUCACAGAAACGAGGAUGUGA